ACCACACACACACACUCCCCCACCUUCGCGUCGCCCUCCCCCAAAACCCCCCUUCCUCCUCCGCCGCCGCCGCCACAAUCGCGAUGUCCGGGCGAAGCUGCCCCACCACCGAGCCCGUCGGGGAGGACACGACGGUGCCUCCGAGGAUGCUGCACGGGUUGGCUCCGGAGACGCUGAACCUCCACACGGAGACGAUGCUCACAUUCCUCUACUCCUUCCUCCCCAAGCCGCUCGUCUCCACAAUCACCCCCCUGCGCUGCAACGCCACGGCCAUCGCCGACGCUGAAAGCGCCGACCGACUUAGCCGCCUACCCGACGAUCUCCUCCGUCGCGUCCUCUCUCGCCUCCCCGCCAAGGACGGCGCGCGCACCACCGUGCUCUCCUCGCGCUGGCGCGGCCUCUGGCGCUCUGCGCCGCUCGUCCUCGUCGACACCCACUUCCUCUCCAGGGGCGACGCGCAGUGCCGGCCCGCCCGCGCCGGUGCUGUCUCGCGUGCCGUCACCAACGCUGUCUCCGCCGCCCUCGAGGCACAUCCUGGGCCCUUCCCCUUCGUCAGCCUCACCUGCAGCUUCAUGGACGCCGCCGACCGCCGCAUGCUCGCGCGCUGGUUCCAGAUCCUUGCCACCAAGGGCGUCGAUGAGCUCGUUUUCGUCAAUCGCCCCUGGCCCCUUCCCGGCCUGCCCCUCCCUUCCUCGCUCUUCAGCUGUGCCUCCCUCUCCCGGCUCUGCAUCGGUGCCUGGGUGUUCCCGAACACCACCGCCCUCCCGCGCGGGGCCGCCUUCCCCAACCUUCGGGAGCUUGUGCUUGGCUGCAUCGUCAUGGAGGACAAAGACCUGGAGUUCUUGCUCGCCGUGAGCCCCGUGCUGCAGAUCCUCGCGUUCCAUGGAAGCCUGGCCUCAUUGCACGCUCGUAUCGCCAACCAGAGCCUACGGUGCGCGCAGUUCUGCUUGUCCAUCCUGGAGGAGGUCGCCGUGGUGAACGCUCCAAGCCUGGAGCGUCUCUUCCUCUGGAGAAAUUGGAGCGAGCGGGGCCGCGUGGGCAAAAUGAGCACGACAGUCAAGAUUGGCCAUGCCCCUAAGCUGCGUGUGCUGGGAUACCUGGAGCCAGGAGUGCACAUUCUGCAGAUCGGCAGCACCAUCAUCAAGGCUGGAACAAAGGCGAGCGCACGUACCACUGUGUCAAGCGUCCAGAUGUUGGCUUUGCAACUGCAUUUUGGAGAUCGCAAUCAAGUCAAGAUGCUUCCCAGCUUCCUCAGAUGCUUUCCUAACUUGGACACACUGAUUAUCGAGUCUUUUCUUGAAACCACCAGCAAUCGCAGUCUCAAGUUCUGGCAGGGGACAAGUCCUAUUGAGUGUGUCGGGUCGCACCUCAAAACUCUGUCUUUCUGUGAGCUACAAGGGAAUGAUGACGAGUUUGAUUUCAUCAUGUUCAUCGUGGAGAACGCACCAAAGCUGGAGAGGCUGAUCAUCCAAAUUAAACAAGACCUAACUUACACCGAGAGGCAGAUGGUGGUUGCCAAACUGGGGGAUCUUAGCUGUGCUAGCUGGGCCAAUACGAACUGCAAAGUGCGACUCGAGAUCAGUGGCAAUCCUAUCGGAAGUUCUUGGAGCAUUGAAGCGGGAUCAGAUUUGUCUUCUGACGAUCCCUUUUCCUGCCUCUGAACUCAGACGUGCCUGCAUGUUUCGGCGCCUAAGAUUUUACAGGAAGUGCAAGUGUUCUGUCUGCAGUAUCCAUUAUAGUCGAUGGUUUCGGUUGCCGGAAUGUGCUCUGUGAAGGCUGGGAAGAGUUCUGUUGGAGAGGGUUCUACUUGUACUAGCAUGGGUAGCUUUAUUCGCAUAUUCUGUUAAGUGUCUACCUGCAGCUGUUGCUUCUAUCGGAAUGAUGACUGAUGUAAUCAAUGUCGUGUGUUUCGUCGAUGUUACAUCACAAAAUUUAUGUCUGUAGCGGCUGGAACUUCUGAACCAA